GUGACGUCAGUGAGGCCCCCUUUGAGACUGGCCUCGUCUGUGACAAUAACGCAGCGAGAAAUCGGUUCCGCGGACGGGAAUGUCCCGGUGCUGGCUGCCGGAAGGAGGAUGAUGAUGGCUACAGCGCUGCCCAUGCGCCUGGCGCACGCCGCUGUCAUCGUGAAGCAGGAGCCGGACGAUGACUCGGACACGGACGAGCCGAACCUGCUGCUCAAGAAAUUGGACAGCACCGAGGCUCAAAUCAUCCACAGCGGCCACUUCAUGGUGUCCUCCCCGCACAGCGAGCACCCGCCCAAGAAAGGCUACGACUUCGACACGGUGAACGAGCAGGCCUGCCAGACGUACAGCUUCGGCAAGACCAGCACAUGCCAUCUGUCAAUAGACGCGUCCCUCACCAAGCUGCUGGAGUGCAUGACCCUGGCGUACAGUGGGAAAUUGGUUUCUCCAAAAUGGAAGAACUUUAAAGGCUUGAAGCUUCAGUGGAGGGAUAAAAUCCGGCUGAACAAUGCUAUUUGGCGCGCUUGGUACAUGCAGUAUAUUGAAAAAAGACAAAACCCAGUGUGCCAUUUUGUGACCCCAUUGGAUGCAUCGGUUGAUUUUUAUGAACCUAGAAGACCAGAGGCCAUUGCAACAGAAGGAAAGUAUUGGAAAAGAAGAAUAGAGAUAGUGGUAAGAGAAUAUCACAAGUGGAGGACCUAUUUCAAGAAAAGGUUACAAAAGCACAAAGAUGAAGAUCUCUCCAGCCUGGUUAAGGACGAUGACAUUCUUUGGCAUACCAGCGUGGAUGGCAGAGAAACGCCAGUCCCGAUGGAAGAAGAGCCUCUUCUGGACAUGGAGAUGCUUAUGGCAGAAUUCAGUGACACUUUAUUUUCUACUAUUUAUUCACAUCAGCACAAUCCAAAAGAGAAUGCACAUUCAGGGAAUGCAGACAUGAUCCAACCAGAGCUUUUUCCACUGCAGCCCAACUUGGACUUGAUGGAUACAUUUGAAUCCUUUCCAGAUAUCUUCUCUUCCAAAUCGCUGUCAUCCACCUUAUUCGGCUCUUCCUCUUCUGUGCCUGCCGUUCCACUGCCUGACCCUGCGUUGCGUUCCUGUAAUCAGGCGCCUUCUAUUUUGCCAUCAAGCACGCUGGCACCAGUGAAUCUUGAUGAGGAGUUAAUCCCGUCCCCAGGUCCUCCUUCCAUCCUUCCUCGAGUACCUGAAGUGAGAAGAGGGCGAGCAUCCAGUCUAGGCAGCAUCGCUGCUGUCAACGGGCCAGUCAAGUUUAACUCAGAGACUGCUAUAAGCAGCCAGCACGGUUUUGUCCCUGUCUUUUCCCCUCCAGUGACGAUCUUCCAAACCCCUGCUGCUCCACCAACCGUGCCUCCAAAUCGUCGCCUGACACCCCUGCCUUCCUUUGUUAACCCAGACAGUGAGAAGUUCUCCCUGUGUAACUCCUCAGUAAUCACGCACACGGCCUCUGCUACACUUGCUCAUAAUCCUUCUGCAACUACCUUCAGCCAGAGCCAGAACCUCAUUCUUGCUACUCAGCAACAAGUGCCUUGCAACAUUUCAGGGGUUGCGCAGCAAAAUGCCCCUCAUUCUAAUACAUACUUUACUAUCUCCAACUCCGGAGCCAAGAAAAAGCAGCCUCAGAAAAUUGUACCUGCUCCCCAGCCAGAGACUGUGUCCUUGCUAUUUACUCCUGCACACUUUUCAGGUCAAACUCAAGCUGUGAUCGUAUCUCCUGCCUCCCUCAAGACAGACACCUUAAUAGCACCAAGAAUCACGCAGUCCAGUGUUGUCAUCGCACCAGCUGGACUUUCAGGAGCCUCUGGAAUGCCAGAGUUUCAUGGGAGUAUUCUUGUUGGACCAUCUAAGCAAUCCCAGGGCAACCAGAAGUCCCAGUCUGCUGUUUCUCGACUCUUUCCUAGUCCAAGUCAAGAGAACGUAGUGAAGAGAGAGAUGACCCCCUUACAGAACUGCAGCACCUCACCUUCAUCCUACCGAGAUUGUCAGAAUUCAAGGCAAGGAUCACCGUGUGCAUCUGAACACAGCCUCAGUCCACCGCAUAGCUCAGGAAAAAACACUGCUGACCAACAAAGCUCUGCACUCAAGACACAAAGGUUGAAGCAUAUUUCUGCAGAACAGAAGAGGAGGUUUAAUAUAAAACUUGCCUUUAACACACUAAACAGUUUUGUGUCUUCAAGCAACAAACCGAUCAGCCAUGCAAUUACGCUACAGAAAACAGUGGCGUAUAUUGCCAAACUUCAGCAAGAAAGGAACCACGUGUUAGAAGAAUCCAGACGACUGAAGGAAGAGGUAGAAGAGUUGCAUCAUGCUAUCAGUUCCUAUCAAGCGCAGCUUCCAGCCACUGGCGUGCCGAUCGCUCCGCAGAGGGUUGAGCACACAAGGGAUCUAUUUGACAAGUAUGUGAAAAGCAGAACACUUGAGAACUGGAAGUUCUGGAUUUUCAGCAUCAUCAUUAAACCAUUAUUUGAUUCCUUCAAUGACAUGGUAUCGACAACCAACAUCGAUGAGUUAUACAGUACUACUCUAGAAUGGCUAGAUCAGCAUUGCUCCCUACCGUCUUUGAGACCCAUGGUGCUGAAGACCUUGCGUUAUCUGAGCACGACGACGUCCAUCUUAUCUCAUCCGUUAAGUUUGCCAGAGCAAGCCAAGCAGGCUGUCACUAGGAACAGUAAGACUUGAAACUAGAUGGACUUCCCUAUGAGUGGAUCUAAAAGCUUGUGCUGUUACCCUGCAUUGCUCUGUGAGACGUCUUUCAACACUCCGCCUGAGCAUUAUCGGUCAUUGAAUGCAUUCAAGGAAUCGCUGUCGUGGUGAUUUGUGCUAGGCAUCUCUUCUUUAAAGAGCAGAAACAGCUGGAAACUUUCUGUUCUGAUUACUGCAACCAAGAAGAUGAAGCUGAUGAAACUGUCAAAGGGAAAUAAGUUUUUUGUGAUAUAAUUGAUAAAGAUUUUUGUUUUCACUGAACCCUUACCGCCUCCGUGUUUUAAGUGUUUUUAUUCUUUAACAUUUUAGCAGCUGUACUAUAGUAACAUAUCAAUAAUGAAAGGAGAUCUCACAUGUUCUGUAUAAAAGACACUAGAUAUCGGUCACCCAUUAGGUUGCCAGUACAUCUUAUGGCCAAGCCGCAGUAACCGCAUGUGGAUUACUUUUAAUUGCACUCUGGUGUAGUACAGCAAUUAGACAUAAUCCACAUGGGUUUACUGGGGCUCGGCCGCAACGUAAAAGUAAUCCUUGGAUGUUAAUGGGAUCUGCCAUCAGUCUGAUGUUUAUGGGGCCUCCUUCAAUGGCUGCUUUUGGAAGAUUGGACAGAUGUGGAGAUAAGCGUCAUUCUGUCUAGUAAUCACUUGUCGUCUUGGUCAAUUUAAAUGUUUGGCCAAGCUGGACAUGCUUGUUUAAGGGGAUUGAUGGAUGUCUGAACGAUUGUUCAGUUGAUGGCUGAGUGAUGCCUAUAGCCAGCUCCCAUGCCAAGCUACUAGAAGUUGAAGCUACAAGCAAAUAGUAGAAAGUAGAACUUCUCGGUGGCAGUAAUUAUCACUGGGCUCUGCAGAACAGGAUUCUCAUGGGGCCUCAGGACCCCAUAGUAUCCAACUAGGUCAUCAUUGUCUUAAGCUACAUCAUUGUCUUAAACUCGCGUUUUGGCUUUCCGUUUGUGAGAUCCGUUCAGGGCUCUCUCACUAGCGGUCCAAAACAGAUCAGUUUUGCCCUAAUGCAUUCUGAAUGGAAAAGGAU